AGAGAACCGGUGGAGCGGCCGCCGCAGCUCCCGUCCGCCCGAGACAAGCAGGAUGGUUCCCUCGACUGACAGCGAGUCUCCGCACCUGCUGCUGGGCCGGCUGCGCUUCCUGAGCGAGGCGAUCGGGUGCCUGAUCCGGGCGGAGCCGCUGCCCGCCGCUUUGGGCUACGUGCCCCACGAAGUGCAGUACAAGCUGUGCAAGGAUCCCAGCGCCCAGGCGUCCGCCUCCGCCUCGGGCCGGAGCCUACUGUCCGUGUGGGAGAGCCCAAGCAAAGCUGCGGGCGGUGCGGGUCCCGGCAUCAGGAAAAAUCCUGGCAGGGCCACCAUCGAAGUGCGCAAGGGAUCGUGUAUUCGAGCCAGCGGCGAGGAAUACUGCAACGGGCACGGGCUCUGGGUGAAGCUCACCAGGGAACAACUUCAGGAAUACAAGACUGGUUGUGACCUGGAAGAAGGUUGGGUUCUUACGUGUAAGCAUGCAGAUAGCGGGGACAGGCUGGUGCCAGUGGAAUCAAUGGAGAGGAUUCAGAGGCAGCAGCAGCUCUUUGGGAUGGAUUUUAAACCAGUAAUCAGAUGGGAACAGGUAGUGGAUUUAACAUAUUCCUUGCAUCUUGGAGCAAAGCCAAAAAUCAUGGAGCCAGAUGUGGCUGCAGUAGAGAGACUCCGAUUUGUACCACCCACAUGGACCUAUGAAUGUGACGAAGAUCUGGUGCAUUUCCUUUAUGACCAUAUUGGCAAGGAGGAUGAGAAUCUGGGUAGUAUCAAGCAAUAUGUGGACAGCAUCGAUGUCUCCUCUUACACGGAAGAAUUCAAUGUUUCAUUCUUGACCGACAACCACGAUGACACCUACUGGGAGAGUGAUGGAUCCCAAGGCCAACACUGGGUCCGUCUCAACAUGAAAAAAGGAACCAUAAUAAAGAAACUCUUUCUGACUGUGGAUACAACAGAUGAAAAUUUCAUGCCAAAAAGGGUGGCUGUAUAUGGCGGUGAGGGUGAUAAUCUGAAGAAACUGAGUGAUGUCGGCAUUGAUGAGAGCUACAUCGGGGAUGUUUGUGUGCUGGAAGACAUGACUGCUCAUUUGCCUGUCAUUGAAAUCCGCAUUGUGGAAUGCAGAGAUGACGGGAUUGAUGUCCGGCUCCGGGGCAUAAAGAUCAAAUCUUCUCGGCAACGAGAAUUGGGACUCAAUGCAGACAUGUUUCAACCAGCCAACCUAGUGAGGUAUCCACGACUGGAAGGGAGAGACCCCGAUGUGCUUUAUUGGCGUGCUGUGAUCCUGCAGAGGUUUAUCAAGAUCUUGGAUAGUGUGCUUCAUCACCUUGUACCAGCCUGGGACUACACACUCUGCACCUUCAAUGAACUAAAGCAUAUCAAACAGUUUCUGUUGCUGUCCAAACGACGCACAAUGCUAAUCAGUCAGUGCCUCAAGGACUCUGAAACCAGCAAGCCCAACUUCAUGCCGCGUCUCUACAUCAACCGGCGCCUAGCCAUGGAGCAUCGCGACAAUCCUGCCCUUGACCCUUCCUGUAAAAACACUGUCUUCAUCCAGGUAUAUGAAGGACUGAAACCUUCUGACAAGUAUGAGAAGCCACUGGAUUAUAGGUGGCCAUUGCGGUAUGAUCAAUGGUGGGAAUGUAAAUUCAUUGCUGAGGGCAUCAUUGAUCAGGGUGGUGGUUUCCGGGACAGCAUUGCUGAUAUGUCUGAAGAGUUGUGUCCUAGUUCAUCUGAGACACCCGUCCCACUGCCUUUUUUUGUCCGCACAUCCAAUCAGGGCAGUGGAACUGGAGAAGCCCGAGAUAUGUAUGUCCCAAACCCAUCCUGCAAGGAAUUCCUCAAAUAUGAGUGGAUAGGGCAUAUAAUGGGUGCAGCUCUACGUGGCAAAGAAUUUCUGGUCCUUGCUUUGCCUGGCUUUGUUUGGAAGCAACUGACAGGCGAAGAAGUGAGUUGGAAUAAGGAUUUCCCUGCUAUUGACUCAAUGCUGGUAAAACUUCUGGAGAUGAUGGAAGGAAUGGACAAGGAGACCUUUGAAUUCAAGUUUGGGAAUGAGCUGACCUAUACCACAGUCCUGAGUGACCAGCGCAUGGUGGAACUUAUUCCUGGUGGCAUUCGCACUGCAGUACGCUAUGAGAACCGGCUGGAAUUUAUCCAUCUGGUGCAGAAAGCACGGCUGAACGAGAGUAAGGAACAGAUUGCAGCCAUGCAGGCUGGACUUCUGAAGGUAGUUCCUCAGGCUGUCUUGGACCUACUUACUUGGCAGGAACUGGAGAAGAAGGUCUGUGGUGACCCUGAAGUUACAGUUGAGGCCUUGAAGAAGCUCACUCGUUUUGAGGAUUUUGAACCAUCAGACACCAGAAUUCAGUAUUUUUGGGAGGCCUUGAACAACUUUACUAAUGAGGAUCGUAGUCGCUUUCUGAGGUUUGUUACAGGAAGAAGCAGACUUCCAGCUCGAAUUUACAUCUAUCCUGAUAAAUUAGGCUCGGAGACCACCGAUGCCCUCCCUGAAUCAUCCACUUGCUCCAGCACGCUGUUUUUGCCCAAUUAUGCCUCUGCCAAGGUUUGUGAAGAAAAAUUGCGUUAUGCAGCUUAUAAUUGUGUCGCCAUUGAUACAGACAUGAGUCCAUGGGAAGACUGAAACUCCACAUUGGGAAGGAUGAUGGUCUCGCUAAUGGUGGACUGAUUUUUGUCCUUGCUACCUGAAAGAAGCUCUUACUCUCUAUUCAUCAUGAUCCACCCUCCACAAAGUGUAUAUGCGUGUACAUAAUCUAGAAAAUAAAGUAUCAAAUGUGAACAUUA